AUGAUAGCGGGGAGGCUGGGCCCAUGGGAAGGGAAGAGGCACAAGAAAAAGAGGCUCAUCCUGUUCCCAGCGCAGGGAACAGUAGGGAACCCCACGACCACACCCCUUCCCACCACGUCCACCCCUCGUCCAGCUGCUACCCCAGGACUCCUCCUCCACCACCUCCCCCUCCGACACCUGGUUCGAAAUUACUUCCUCUCCAAGCAUGAUCCAGAACCUCCAGUAGCCAUAUUCAUGAAGGCCAAUCAGGGCAACGACCGGACGAUGGUCGUCUCCAUAGACAGUAAAGGGACCUCCGGUUACCAGGUUCCAGGGUCAGGGCCAAGUCUUCCGCCUCCACCGAAGGAAGACCUGCUAAGGCCGACCUCCUCUGAUUGGCUCCCCAUUUGGGACCAGCAUAGCCUCUCUCUGUAUGUGCCUUACGACGAAAACCAAUUACCAUAUGGAGAUCAUCAAUUUACGCAUCGUAUGCUCCCCCUAUUCCUGCCUCCUCCUCCUCCUCCUCCUCCCAUGUUCCUGCAUUUUCCCUAUCCCCCCUUUUAUCACCCCAUGACGUCUGCGCCUCGCCUCUUUCAUCAUACCACACCUAGACCUGUUCUGGACUCAGUAUUUCAGGCAACGACGCCUCAUUCAAGUCCCUACGAACCUUCUCGGAUUCUCCCCACUCCUAUCCAAAUGUCCACUCCCUCAACUAUCUUGGCGAUCACUCCAGGUCCAUUUUUCGAACCAGGACACCCGCCGUCACCUCCGCCGAUCAUCCAUGUUCAACCUCUCAUGUCUCGCCCGAAGAUGCACUUUCGCAUGUACGAGGAACCUGAGCGACGACCCAAGAACCUGGUUUAUUUUCCACCGACCACAACCACUCUGCCUCCAAAUACGUCACUGGCCCGACAGCACUUCCUGAAUGCACUGGAUAAGGAUGGACGACGACGACGUCCUCAUCCAGAGUCCCACAAAGCGUGGGAAGAGAUCUCGGAAAAGCUGCGGAUCCCUCCUCGGUACGUGGAAUCAUUGUCAUACCAGCAGGCGACGACCACCCCUCGACCACUCAACCGUUUGAACUUGACUCCUCCUGAUCGCCCUCGGAACGAUGAUCUCAUCGAUCCCAUCCAGGCAAGACUUCGACACAAAGACGACCAGAGGUUCUCCUCGACGACUCCAGCCCCAAGGACUUACCUUAUCUCCACCAAGGCAGCCUUCCCGGAACCGAUCUCUCAUCUGACCUCGAAUGACCUCCGACUUCCAUCGAGUACCCUUGCCCCACCACCCUUUGACCCUAUGUUCAUCUUCCAGCGACCACCGGAUUACUCCUUAACCUUGUCGGAUGCGAUGACGGCAACCAAGGUGCCACCCUCUGUUCCACCUCCACAUCCUGACCAACUGUUGAACGAGAACGACAUCUACACCUCGACCAUUCGAUCACCGUUGAGGGUGAUAGAAUCUGCGACCCCUAUCCCUCCGAAGCGAAAAAUGUCUCCUUUCUCGAGACCCGACCUGGAGGACAUUUUGAAGUCGCUGAAAAAAGGGAAGGAGAAGAGGCGGAAGGUGAUGAAGGAGUGGAGGGAGAUGUUGCAGGAGAUUCCGGUCUUCCGUUUCGAUGAGAUCGAGGGCGUUCCCGGGCAACCGGGUGGGGACUACCCGACGUUUUCCUUCGUCCCCUUAACGUCCUUCACCUGCAGGGACAAGUUUCCCGGCUAUUACGCCGAUGGAGAGGCCGGAUGUCAGACGCAGAACACUCUGUUGCAACCUGUACCACAGGUGUUCGGAUUAUCGAGGCCCGGACGGUUCCUCGGUCGACUUCAUUUGGAUCUGAACCCCAAUAUCUUCGAUGGAGCGAAACGUGGGGCCAGUCGUGCGGCGUUCCACUUGUGCCACAAUGACGGACGAAUGGACUCGUUCCUCUGUCCGAACGGAACGGUGUUCAACCAACGGUUGUUCGUCUGCGACUGGUGGUUUGGUGUGGAUUGCCCCAAGUCAUCCGAUUACUACGAACGGAACCGGGACGUGUUCCAGUCUAUGGCCAUGGAGCCUGGGGGUUUCGGAUCUCUCCUGGUCCCAGGCUCAUUGCCUCCCGGGGGUUUCGAGUCUCUUCGGAUCCAAGAAUCCUUGCCUCCCGGGCAUCCCACCUACAACGAAGUGUGA